AUUCAUAUAAUUCAUUUCAACAUUUUCUCCAAUUAUAGCAACAAUUCCCGCCGCGUAGCAAGUCAAUUUCUAAUCACUACAUUUGAUGAUUCGAUCGCAUCUUCCCGUGAUUAUUCAUCGUCAAUCAUAGUAAUCACUGUACACUUGUGACUUUGAUUCGUCGGAGACAAUCUGAUAGCCUGCGAAGAUGAAAAGCAGAGGUAAAAUCGGAGGAGGAGGAGUAUUUGGCGGGUGGUCUAGUCUUGGUCUACCUGCUGUUUUACUCUUAUGCAUCUUCUUCUUCUUCUUGGGAUUCUUCGGUUCUUCUUUAUUAUCUCAACAGGUUGAAACUGAAUCUAGUUUACAUCCAAGACCUAGGGUGCUUAAGGAGGAAGAAUAUGAUCCGUUGCCUCGAGGGGAUUCCGGUGAUGACUCCUUUACCACCAUUCCCUUUCAGAUUUUGAGUUGGAGACCUCGAGCUCUGUACUUUCCAGGUUUUGCAACGGCAAAACAAUGUGAAAGUAUUAUCAAGAUGGCCAAGGUUAAACUUGCACCUUCGACCUUGGCUUUACGCAAAGGAGAAACUGCUGAGAACACCAAGGGAAUUAGAACAAGUUCUGGCAUGUUCAUAAGCUCAUCUGAAGACAAAACAGGGAUCUUGGCUCUCAUCGAGAAGAAAAUUGAAAGGGCUACAAUGAUCCCAAGAAGUAACGGAGAGGCGUUCAACGUUCUACGAUAUGAAAUUGGACAGAGGUAUAAUUCACAUUAUGAUGCUUUCAACCCUACUGAAUAUGGUCCACAGAAGAGCCAACGGAUUGCUUCUUUCUUGCUAUAUUUAUCCGAUGUUGAAGAAGGUGGAGAAACCAUGUUUCCAUUUGAGAAUGGGGAAAAUGCGGACGCGAAUUAUGAUUUCAGAAAGUGUAUCGGUUUGAAAGUAAGACCAAGGAGGGGUGAUGGGCUUUUGUUUUAUUCCUUAUACCCAAAUGGUACUAUUGAUCCGUCAUCACUUCAUGGGAGCUGCCCUGUAAUCAAAGGCCAGAAAUGGGUGGCAACGAAAUGGCUUAGGAACGAAGAAGAAUAUGACUGAAACUUAAUUUCUGCUAUUCUUCGGUUCCUCUGUAUUUAAUAUGUACUUUUGUACAUCUCAUCUAAGGCUCAGGCUCAGGCUCAGCAGUCGGCAUAUAUUGUUUCUGAUGAUAACUGGUUAAUUACGAGGCUCGAUUCCGUUAAAUUAUCUCGUUUCCGUUUUUCUUUCCGUUUCGUGCUUCGUAAUGACCAGAUAGAAAUUAAAAUAGAAACAAAUACUUGU